CGACGCGUUUAUGAUGAUAUCCGGAUGUCGGGCACCGAUUGAUAUCCUUGUUCAUACCGACUUGGCUUUCCGAGCGGCGAGAGCCAGAGACCGGUCCGGGAAUCAACGUUAGCGUGCCAGGUCCAAAAAAACCAUCUCCCCAGCAGAAAUCUUCGCUCCCAUCCUGCUUUGGAGGCGUAGCAAAAUAUCCAAGCCUUCAUCAACACGCAGCAUGUCUUCCUGGUAACCAUACUGAAGCGCUCAACGUCGUUUCCGGCUGAAUGAGGAAAUGCCGAUCGCCCUAGGGCCUUUUCCGCCCCUCGGUGGCAGCCACAGUGGCUUGCCUCGGCCUCGUAUCCUCUACAUCGACGCCUUUGAUUCUUUCUCCAACAACAUUGUCGGACUUCUUGAGCAGUCGAUCAAUGCCGUUGUUUCAGUUGCCCGCAUCAAUGAUGUUGAGGUGUCCCGAUGCCUACUUGACAUCUUGAGAGCGUUCGAUGCCGUUGUCAUUGGACCGGGGCCUGGCCAUCCAGCCAAACCAAAGGAUGUCGGACUUAUCAACCAGCUGUGGCAGCUACAGGAGGCUGACAUACUGCCCAUCUUUGGUGUAUGCUUGGGGUUCCAGAGUCUAUGCCUCAGUCAUGGUGCAAGGAUCGAGAGACUGCAGCGGGCUCGACAUGGAACUGUAAGCAAAAUUCAGCACAUUGACAUGGACAUUUUUCAAGGCAUUCGAAAUCUGCAUGCGACACAGUACCAUUCGCUAUAUGCAGUGCUUGGGGAGGGCACUACCACAUGGGACUCAACACCUCAGUGUCCACUGAUGCUCCCUCUGGCAUGGGACUCAUCGGAUGAGCUCAACGGUCCUAUACUGAUGGCUGCGAGGCAUCUAUACAAGCCAUUCUGGGGCGUACAAUUCCAUCCUGAAUCCAUCUGCACGUCCAAAGAAGGAAUGGACAUGAUACAGAACUGGUGGAGUCGUGCUCAAGCGUGGUCAAUUUCAAGGCAACGGUCGGUUACCAUAGCUGACCCUGAUAUGACAGCAAAAAUCGACAGACUGAGCGCUGUUGCACCCCCUGGUGUAGAUGGUAUGCGUGCAACUCGAGAUAUAUGUCUGAGCGAUUCUAUCGAUGGGAUGAUUACAGAUGUGAAAUUUGACCUGGUUCGUAAUGCAGGCACGUUUUUGUGGCGGAAAGUCCCGUGGCCAUCAAUCACUCCAGUAAUGCUGUGCGAGAACUUGAACCUUGAUCGCAGCAGGAUCGUUAUGCUGGACUCUCAAGGUCAUGCGACAGGACGUUUCAGCAUUAUAGGAAUCCCAACGUCUGGUCAGACACAGGCACCAGAAAUCACGUACCGUUCAACAGAUAAAGAGCUAUGUUACACUUCGCGGAGAGGCGAACUACUUUCCGCCCAGGUUGAUUCCAUCAGCCGAAUAUGGCCGAUUCUUCAAGACACGCUGGACAGGUGUGAUCCACGCUCGUACGACAGAUAUUGUUUUACGUCUGGACUGAAAGGAACACUUCCCGAGUCGGUUCCAUUCUGGGGUGGCUUCAUGGGCUACAUCUCGUAUGAGGCAGGCCUCGAGACUAUUGAUGUCAAGCCUCACGAGUCAUGUUAUAAUGACGGGAGACAAGAUAUCAAGUUUGCCUUUAUUGAGCGGAGCAUAGUCAUCGACCAUCGUGCAGGGGACGUGUAUGUUCAAAGCCUUCUACCGGACGACGAAUGCUGGAUUCGGGAGAUGAGAGCCAAGAUCCGAUCCAAAAGGAUAUGCCUACCCAAACUAGAUGCACUAUCAGUUUGGGAUCUAUACCAGCGACUCCGACUCAAGAAUCCAGCUCCUCACGGUGCAUAUGUGUGUUUGGGCGACACCGUCAUCCUUAGCAGCAGCCCCGAACGCUUUCUCCGAUGGGACCGCAAAGGCCUUUGCCAGCUACGACCGAUCAAAGGCACUGUCAAGAAAGGUCCAGACAUGACACGCGACGAAGCCCACAAGAUCUUGAACAGCAGCAAAGAGCGAGCAGAAAAUCUCAUGAUCGUGGACCUAGUCCGCCAUGACUUGAGUGGCGUAGUUGGAGCUGCAAACGUCCGCGUUCCGAAGUGCAUGGUUGUCGAGGAGUACGAGACAGUGUAUCAGCUCGUAUCAGUAAUUGAAGGCCAGCUACCAACAAGCGAAGAUGGAAAGUCUACUGCACCAAAGGGUCUUGAUGUCCUGAAGGCAUCUCUACCCCCAGGAUCUAUGACAGGUGCUCCCAAGAAACGAAGCUGCGAGAUCUUACGAGACAUUGAAAAGCGACCUCGCGGCAUCUACUCUGGUGUCCUGGGCUACAUGGACGUUGGCGGAGGCGGUGACUUCUCCGUCGUCAUACGUACCGCGAUCAAAGGCUUAGACAAGGAACAUGACACUUGCGACGUCUGGGAUAUUGGCGCUGGUGGUGCCAUUACCAUCCAGAGCGAUGACAAAGCCGAGUUCCUGGAAAUGGAAACAAAGGUCACGAGCGCGCUGAGGGCUUUUGAGGCAGAGAAGCAGGUGGACAUUUGAUAUUCCAGCAAUAUUUGGUGUUGGAGUUUGGCCUUCGACCAUCAACUGGUCAUUUUAUAGAAGGGGCAUGGGUUGAAAUCAGGUUUGCAUAUACCCACGGCGGCUUCAUCACGCCUUUUUAAACUCAGUAUAAACUCAUAGAACUGUAAAAUGGCUGUAGACAGUUAUUCACGGCUUUCACGGAGCAAUCAAUGUUCGAUAUAUCCAACGCAGCAGACUUCUCAUUGUCAUACUACAUAGCAAAAGCAAAAACUCCCAGCGCCGCGUCACGGUCGCCGACUCCCAUUCCCUUCGCGAUCUCCAGCACACUUCUCCCCGCCAACCUUCUCAAAGACGCA